AUGAUAAGAGCCACGCCAAGGAUACUCACAAGUUCAUCGCGAUCUGUCAUCCAUAACCGACUAAUUCUCACAAACUAUGCUCAUUUUCAGAGCCGUUUGUCAAUAGCUAAGACGCAGUCUCCAAGAAUCUUAUCACGGAGCCUCUCAACUUCAUCACCAUCUCAGCAACACGCUUCUCAAAAACCAGACUUUUCUACAUCUCUUCAAUCACGGGUCUUCCCCUCUUUAAUAGUGGCUGGAAUUAUUCUUGUCAGUGGCGGCUACUAUCUUAUCACGCCGCCGUCUCGACCCAACACUCUCAACGAGAUAACCUUUGUUCCCUACGGCAUCACAACUCGCGAGGCCAUCUCACCAACCUCAUUCGUCAUCACCGCAGUCCCACGCACACCAAACCCUUCUCUACCAUACCUGACACCUUCAGAUAACCGCUGGAGCUAUCCUCUCUGGUCUGUGGAGUUCAAGCAACCUGAGGUACAAAUUUCUCGGCAUUAUACACCUCUGCCUCCACUAUCUACGGAGGAUCCUACAGAUGGUUCGCUCCGGUUUUAUAUCCGGACUGUUGGCGAUGGUGAAAUGUCCAACUACCUAGGUCGAAGACAGGUUGGAGAAGAUGUUUUCCUGCGUGGUCCACACGUUGGCUUUGAACUAGCGGAGCGAUUGGGUGAGCAUUCUCGUCUUGUCUUCCUUGCCGGUGGUACGGGCGUAGUGCCUGGUAUACAAGCAGCGAAGGCUGUCUUGGAAGCGAGCGAAGAGUCAAGUGUUGACCUCCUCUGGGCAGUGAGGAAGAGAGAAGAGGUUCAAAAAAGUGCUCCUCCUCGGCAAUCAUCGUGGAAGUUUUGGCAAGAAAAGAAGCCCACUCCAUUAGGCACUGAGGUUGAGAACCCUAGCCCCGUCACAAAGCGCUUACAAGACCUCAAGAUGACCUAUGGUGAUCGUCUCAGGAUACAGGUCGUUGUUGACGAAGAGGGAACUCGCUUCCAGGAGAAGGAUAUUAGGGAUGCCAUUGCAGCAUCGCCUGGAACUGUCGCUUCAUUCAAUGCAGGUUGUCGAUUCCACGAUCAAUCAAUGCAUGUUUACGCCUCCGAAUUCGCCCUCUCUGACGGGCCUGGUUGUGUGUGCAAGUCUUCCGAAGGCACUACCCCCGGGAAAAACUUGUUUAUCGUCUCUGGCCCCGACGGUUUCAUUGAGCACUAUGCUGGGCCCAAGAUAUGGUUAGGUGGCCAGCAGACUCAAGGUCCGAUUUCUGGUGUAGCUGGUUAUCUGCAAAAACAGAACCCUCUCCUGGCAAGAGAUUGGCUGGUCCUCAAGAUGUAA